AUGCCCUCCUCCUCCUCCUCCCCCUCCUUCACCAUCCCCAAUAUUGGAACUGCGAAUCUCACCGCCAUCAUCGCCACUUCUUCGCUCUACAUAUAUCUCAUUGCACUGCAUUUACAUCAACAGAAGACCUUGUUAAGAUACCAGGAGUCGCGAGAAUUAGAACAAGAACAGAAAGAACAGCAAGAACGCGAACGCGUGAGACAUUCACAAUUGCAGCAGGCGCAAGCGCAAACGCAAACGCAAACGCAAACGCGAUAUAAUAAUCAAAGAGAAGAAUACACGACGGAUCCAAUUGCAUUUGAAAGGUCGCGACAAUUUUGUGAGGAUCAGAGACAAUACUACACAAACACGGGGACGAAUACAUAUCGAACGAACCCAAGCACCAUGUCCAAAACCUUUUCACCCUCGGAAGUGGCGGCUCAUUCUAAAGAUGCGGAGGAUGGACUGUAUAUUAUCAUCGACGAGAAUGUGUAUGAUAUUACCAAUUUCCUCGAAGAACAUCCCGGCGGUGCAAAAAUCCUCAAACGCGUCGCGGGCAAAGAUGCCUCGAAACAGUUUUGGAAAUAUCAUAAUGAGGGUGUGUUGAAGAAGUAUGGGGAGAAAUUGAAGAUUGGGAGUGUGGGGGAAAAGGCAAAGUUAUAG